ACCAUUCAGGGUGCCAUUGAGAAUAUUUGUGAUUCAUGGGAAGAGGUCAGAAGUUGAUUCCAACCCUCAUGGAUGUCUCUGAGGGGUUCAAGACUUCAGUGGCUGAAGUAACUGCAGAUGUGGUGAAAUUAGAAAUGGAGCCUGAAGAUGCGACUGAAUUGCUGCAAUCUCAUGAUGAAAUUUCAACAUAAUGAGGAAUUGCUUCUUAUGGGUGAGCAAAGAAAGUAGGUUCUUGAGAUGGAAUCUACUCCUGGUGAAGAUGCUGUGAACACUGUUGAAACGCCAACAAAGGAUUUAGAAUAUUACAGAAAUCUAGUUGAUAAAGCAGCAGCAGGGUUUGAGAGGAUUGACUUCAAUUUUGAAAGAAGUUCUACUGUGGGUAAAAUGCUAUCAAACAGCGUCGCAUGCUACAGAGAACUCUUUCAUGAAAAGAAGAGUCAGUCGAUGCAGCAGACUUCACUACUGUCUGAUUUUAAGAAAUUGCCACAGCUACCCCAACCUUCAGCAACCACCACCCUGAUCUGUCAGCAGCCAUCAACAUCGAGGCAAGACCCUCCACCAGCAAAGAGAUUAUGACUUGCUGAAGGCCAAAUGAUGGUUAGCAUUUUUUAGCAAUAAAGUGUUUUUUAAUUAAAGUAUAUCGGUUGUUUUUUUAGAAUAAUGCUAUUCCACAUUUGAUAGACUACAGUAUAGUGUCAACAUAACUUUCACAUGCACUGGGAAGCCAGAAAAUUCCUGAGACUUGCUUCAGUGUGAUAUUCACUUUGUGGUGGUUUGAACCAAACCCAUGAUGUAUCUGAGGCAUGCCUGUUCUAUAUGUAUGAGUGUGAUAAUGUCAGUCUUUGUGGGGAGAAAAAUCAGCUGAUAGUCACAUUGUUUUGACUGUUAGGAUUUUUAUCUUUUUAGGAAAAAGCCCUCUGAUCUCACAUGCUUAAUUAACCACCGCUUACUGAAAUGUGUACGUGUCUUCUUCUUAUCUUCAGAUGUUUCCUUGUAGCUUUCAGUCUGUAAAAAUGUAUACCUUUGGUGGUGGUAGUGGGGUUAGCUUUUAUUGAUGGAAAGUUUAAGUUUUUGCAUUUAAAUUCUCCGGGCUUUACCAUCUCUGUGCUUUGAGAUCCACUAUGUAUAAAACGUUUUAGAGGAUUUAGUGUCAGUGACUUGAGGGGAGAUUUGUUUUGUAAUUGGAACCAAAACCUUCUUUCUUCUUUCUAUAGUCAUGUGCUGCAUAAUGGUCAUCUGGGCAACAUCUGACUGCAUAUACAUCUGUGGUCCCGUAAGGUUAUACAGGCAGUCGCCGGGUCACGAGUGCCUGACUUACACAGGCGGUCCCUGGGUGAGAAAUGUCCGACUGACACAGACGGUCCCUGGGUUACAAAUGUCCAACUGACACAGAUGGUCUCUGGGUUAUGAGUGUCCGACUGAUGCAGGCAGUCCUGGGUUACGAAUGUCUGACUUACGUACAACCUGUAUUUAUGAACCAAUCCUUAUAAAGUCUUUUAUGUUAAAAAUUCAAGGUAUAUACAGUGGUCCAUAAUAACAAACAGGCACUACUAUGCAAUGUUUAUCAAAACAUUCUUAUUAGUAUUCGUAUUACUGUAUUAUUAUGUUAAAAAUGUUUUAUGGUAUCUGGAAGUAUAUCUUUAAUGUUUUUUAUGCAUGGAAAGGUACAGUAUAUACUAUAUAGUAAGACAAACAUUUGACUGAUGUUUGAUACGAAGUGUACCUAACUGUUCCAACUUAACGUAUAAAUUCAAUUUAAAGACAGACUUAGGAACGGAACUUGUUUGUAAUGUGCGGACUGCUGGUAUAACCUUAUGGGACCAUGGACAUAUAUGCUGUCGGAUGUUGCCUGAAUGGAUGUUAGGCAGUGCGUGACUACACUCACCUUAAUAACUGGCCCUUGGUAUUUUUCUGUUCUUCUCUAGCCCGUGGUGUUUGCUCCCCUCUAACAUGAGAAAAUAAAAGAGAUCCUAAACAGGAAUUAGCCAUUAGCUGGUCACUCCAGGGAGGCCUGAUAGUAACUUUCCUGGAAACUAAGUCAGUGGAUAUAAGGGGUUGGGGCAAUGUGGUGAUUAUCUGAUAUUCUUUUGAGUAUUCACUCUAAAGUUAUGUCCCAUUGCCUUUUUACAAUUUAAAUCAAAUUCUCUAGUUUGAGAAAAUUGUAGAUUCACAUGCAGUUGUAGGAAAUCAUGCAGAGAAAUUGUGUAUCUUUUACACGUUUUCUCUCAUUGGUAACAUUCUGCAAGACUAUGGUGCAGUAUAUCCACAGCCAGGAUAGUGACUGAUAAAAUUGAGAUAUAGAACAGUUCCGUCUCCCUGAGGAUCCCUCCCGUUGCCAUUUUAUAGCCACAAUCACUACCCUUCUUCCACCUCUGGAAACCAGUAAUCUGUUCUCCACUUCUAUAAUUUUGCCAUUUCAAGAAAACAAACAAAAAACCAGUUGCCAUUGAGUAUUGAGUUGAUUCCAACUCAUAGCGACCCUAUGGGACAGAGUAGAAGUGCCCCAUAGGUUUACCAAGGCUAUGGAAGCAGACUGCCAUAUCUUUCUCCUGUGGAGCGGCUUGUGGGUUUGAACCGUCGAACUUUCAGUUCGUAGUUGAGUGUUUAAUCACUGUAUCACCAGAUCUCCUUUUGCCAUUUUAAGAACGUUAUAAAAUGGAAUCAUAGAGUGUGUUACUUUUUGUUGGCUUCUUCAUUCAACGUAAUUAAGGCUCAUUACCUUUUGGCUAAAAUGUCUGUUGUUAUCACUGAAUAGUUUGGGCAUGUGUUCCUGAAAAUACCAAUAAUAGCAGAAUUGGGAAUGCGUUGCAAAGGGGGAUGAAAUUAAAUAGUGACAAUGAAGUGAAAAUUUUAUAAUCUGUACAAAAUCUAAACCAAAUACCAUACGGUCUUGGAUGAACAAGUGUUGUGGUAGUGCAGAACAUUUGGGAUGUUUUGAUAGACAUAUUUUCUUUCCAUAAAAAGUGUUUUGGAUUAUAAUGGAAGUGGUGAGGCUAGCCUUAGCCAUCAUGAUUCCUUGUUCAAAGAAAUUAUUUGAUCUUUUUCAACUAAAGUAGCAGUUUUUUUUUGUUUUUUGUUUUUAACUAAUCAGAAGGAAGUUUAAUGAAUGUGUACAUCAAGGAGCCCCAAGGACCACACGUGGGACAACAUGAGCAACACAAUAAUGGCAGUGAUGGAUUAAACCCCUAGGGUAAAAAGAAAUAUCCACGAACCCAUAGUGAUAUAAGUAAGUAGUUGAAUAAAUCAAGAAGUAAAUGAUGGAGAGAGACAGCCCUUCCUUACAGUAGAAUUCUAAUUAAAAAAUAUUGAAGGAAUGAUGGAACUAGAAAAUCACCAGUGGGCAAACACCACAAUAGUAAUAGUUAACGAGGAAUCAUCAGUGGAUGCCAAAAUUAAUGGGUGAAAGUAUGGUGAAAAACAGGAUAUUACAUAGUCUCAAGGUGUCUCCCCGCAAGAUAAAUUAGUUAAUUACAAAGAGAGAAACAGUAACUUUGCAGUAAAGAAAACUAGUAACACUGUGUUAACCAGGUGAUCAGAGUUAACAUCAACCAGGAAUAAGACAUACCAGCGUCAUGCAUCUCCUGGUGUGAUGCACUGAGAAAUACACACAAUCUCUUCUGAGGAUGUCUUAACAAAACACCUCAACCUCAGCACAGGGAGACAGCAGACUGACUCACAUUUAAGGGCCCCUGAUGUGAAAAGAUUGAAGCAAACUCUAGUUGGAGGACAUUUAAAAUAGUGAUUAUAUAUGUAGUCGUGUGGGUACAUACGCAGACACACACAGCUACAAAUUAAAUGGGGGAGGAGAGCUAAAAUAAUUUUAAAUUAUUAAUCUGUAUUUUAUCAGUCUCAUGAUCCUAAAUUUAAGUAAAUUAGAAUAUUUGGUAUAAGGAAAAAAAAAUGUUAGAAUAUUCCCUGUACACUAAGCAAAAUAGAAAAUAAAUUGUGAUAGCAGCUGAAGGAAGUAAAAUCUGAGUGAAAUUUAAGCUAUAAGUUUUUUUCCCUUUUCCUUUUCUGGGAACUUAAUAAUUCUUUCACUUAAUUACUUUUAGUAGGAGUGAGGAGGUGGAAGGCAGAGAAGGAUGCAGCAAGGGUGUUUAAAAAGUCUAGUCAGAGGUACUGUAACAGCAGUGAAUGAUAGAGUUAUCUGAGUGUGAUUAAUACUUUAAACUUUUUCUGUUAGGAUCCAGAAGCGGGGAAAGCGGAAUUUCUUUUAAAAUCAAAUCGAAGUAGAAAUAUCUCUACAAGUCUGUUCUUCCCAUAUACAUAUAUGUGACAGCUUUGGCCAACGAUAAGUACGUGGAGAGGGCUUUCAUAAUGGAGGGUCAGAACUCGUCUGGAUACCUGAGUGAUAAGAAUCAGGAUCGGCACAGAGCUGGCUCCUGUGAGGUGGAGGAUCUGGAAAUAGUGUAUUCCUAUUUACAUGGUAUGGAAGCCUUAUCAAACUUGAGGGAGCAUCAACUUAGGUUAAUGUGUGAAACUGUGAGAUACGAAAGACACGAAGCCAAUGAAGUCUUGUACUAUCCUGAUGAUAUUGGGACCUGCUGGUAUAUCCUUCUCUCUGGUUCCGUGUUCAUCAAGGAAUCCAUGUUUCUUCCAAGAAGCAGUUUUGGCAAGCGUUCUGCGGGAAGCUUUAGGCGUGGCUGUGAAUGCAUCGUUUUAGAGCCUUCUGAAAUGAUUGUGGUGGACUAUAUGGAUGAAAAUGAAGAAUAUUUUCAGCGUCAAGCUUCUCAUCGACAGUCUCGAAGGAGAUUUAGAAAAAUCAACCAAAAAGGUGAAAGACAAACAAUUAUUGACACUGUGGAUCCUUAUCCUGUGGGUAAACCACCUUUGCCUAGAGGAUAUCAUACGGAAUGCACUAAAUCUCAGCUUCCUGCAGAUUUCACAAAACUACACCUUACUGACAGUCUCCACCCACAGGUGACCCACGUUUCUUCUAGCCAUUCAGGAUGUAGUAUCACUAGUGAUUCUGGAAGCAGCAGUCUUUCUGAUAUCUAUCAGGCCACAGAAAGUGAGGCUGGUGAUAUGGACCUGAGUGGGUUGCCAGAGACUGCGGUGGAUUCUGAGGAUGAUGACGAUGAAGAAGACAUUGAGAGGGCAUCAGAUCCUCUGAUGAGCAGGGACAUUGUCAGAGACUGCCUAGAGAAGGACCCAGUUGACAGGACAGAUGAUGACAUUGAACAACUGUUGGAAUUUAUGCACCAGUUGCCUGCUUUUGCCAAUAUGACGAUGUCUGUGAGACGGGAACUCUGUGCUGUGAUGGUAUUUGCAGUGGUGGAGAGAGCAGGGACCAUUGUGUUAAAUGAUGGUGAAGAGCUGGACUCCUGGUCAGUGAUUCUGAAUGGUUCUGUGGAAGUUACUUAUCCAGAUGGAAAAGCAGAGAUACUAUGCAUGGGAAACAGUUUUGGUGUCUCUCCUACCAUGGACAAAGAAUACAUGAAAGGCAUAAUGAGAACAAAAGUGGAUGACUGCCAGUUUGUCUGCAUAGCACAGCAAGAUUACUGCCGUAUUCUCAACCAAGUAGAAAAGAACAUGCAAAAAGUCGAAGAGGAAGGAGAGAUUGUUAUGGUAAAAGAACACCGAGAACUUGAUCGGACUGGAACAAGAAAGGGGCACAUUGUCAUCAAGGGCACUUCAGAAAGACUAACAAUGCAUUUAGUGGAAGAGCAUUCAGUGGUGGAUCCAACAUUCAUAGAAGACUUCCUGUUGACCUAUAGGACUUUUCUUUCUAGCCCAAUGGAAGUGGGCAAAAAGUUGUUGGAGUGGUUUAAUGACCCGAGCCUCAGGGAUAAGGUUACACGGGUAGUAUUGUUGUGGGUGAAUAAUCACUUCAAUGACUUUGAGGGAGAUCCUGCGAUGACUCGAUUUCUAGAAGAAUUUGAAAAUAAUCUGGAAAGAGAGAAAAUGGGUGGACAUCUGAGGCUGUUAAAUAUUGCGUGUGCAGCUAAAGCAAAGAGAAGAUCAAUGACAUUAACAAAACCCUCCCGAGAAGCUCCUUUGCCUUUCAUCUUACUGGGAGGCUCAGAGAAGGGAUUUGGAAUCUUUGUUGACAGCGUAGAUUCAGGUAGCAGAGCAACCGAAGCAGGCUUGAAACGUGGGGAUCAGAUACUAGAAGUCAAUGGCCAAAACUUUGAAAAUAUUCAGCUGUCAAAAGCCAUGGAAAUUCUUAGAAAUAACACACAUUUAUCUAUCACUGUGAAAACCAACUUAUUUGUAUUUAAAGAACUUCUAACUAGAUUAUCAGAAGAGAAGAGAAAUGGUGCUCCUCACCUCCCUAAAAUUGGAGACAUCAAAAAGGCCAGCCGCUACUCCAUCCCAGACCUUGCUGUAGAUGUAGAGCAGGUGAUAGGACUGGAGAAAGUCAAUAAAAAAAGCAAAGCCAACACUGUUGGAGGAAGGAACAAGCUCAAAAAGAUACUUGACAAGACCCGGAUCAGUAUCUUGCCACAGAAACCGUAUAAUGAUAUUGGCAUUGGCCAGUCUCAGGAUGACAGCAUAGUAGGAUUAAGGCAGACGAAGCACAUCCCCACUGCACUGCCUGUCAGCGGAACCCUGUCAUCCAGUAACCCUGACUUACUGCAGUCCCAUUAUCGCAUUUUAGACUUCACUGCUACUCCCGACCUGCCGGACCAAGUGCUAAGGGUUUUUAAGGCUGACCAGCAGAGCCGAUACAUCAUGAUCAGUAAGGACACCACAGCGAAGGAAGUGGUCAUUCAGGCUAUCAGGGAGUUCGCUGUCACUGCUACCCCCGAUCAGUAUUCACUGUGUGAGGUGUCUGUCACUCCUGAGGGAGUCAUCAAGCAAAGAAGACUUCCAGAUCAGCUUUCCAAACUUGCUGACAGAAUACAACUGAGUGGAAGGUAUUAUCUGAAAAACAACAUGGAAACAGAGACGCUUUGCUCAGAUGAAGAUGCUCAGGAGUUGCUGAGAGAAAGCCAGAUUUCCCUGCUGCAGCUCAGCACUGUCGAAGUGGCCACACAGCUCUCCAUGCGGAAUUUCGAACUCUUCCGCAACAUUGAACCGACUGAAUACAUAGAUGAUUUAUUUAAACUCAAGUCCAAAACCAGCUGUGCCAACCUGAAGAAAUUUGAAGAAGUCAUUAACCAGGAAACAUUUUGGGUGGCGUCUGAAAUUCUCCGAGAGCCCAACCAGCUGAAGAGGAUGAAGAUCAUCAAACACUUCAUCAAGAUAGCGCUGCACUGUCGAGAGUGCAAGAAUUUCAGCUCCAUGUUCGCGAUCAUCAGUGGUCUGAACCUGGCACCAGUGGCAAGACUGCGAACCACCUGGGAAAAACUUCCCAAUAAAUACGAAAAGCUGUUUCAAGAUCUCCAAGACCUGUUCGAUCCUUCCAGAAACAUGGCAAAGUAUCGCAACGUCCUGAAUAGUCAAAACCUACAACCCCCCAUAAUCCCGCUGUUCCCAGUUAUUAAGAAGGAUCUCACAUUCCUUCACGAAGGUAACUAUUCAGAGGACUUGCACCCUCACUGGGUGGAGCAUAGAGGAAAUGCCGUUGUGAUCCCCUUUUUAUUUUUGCCGAUUGCAGGCAAUGACUCCAAAGUAGACGGGCUGGUCAAUUUUGAGAAGUUAAGGAUGAUCGCAAAAGAAAUUCGUCAUGUUGGCCGCAUGGCUUCGGUUAACAUGGACCCUGCCCUCAUGUUCAGGACCCGGCAUAAACUCACCACAGGCUUUAAAGAAGAUCCUCUCUUUGUCUGAGGAAGGAAGUUCCGAACGUCACAAGAAGCAAGCAGAAGAUACGAUCUCAAACGUGUCUUCACAGCUUUCCUCUCCUCCUACUUCUCCACAGACUUCUCCAAGGAAAGG